AUGUCUGGUAUAAGAAGGCCGUGGUCCGAUAAGACGCCUCUACUGGGUACACUCAAAGAACAACAACGCACCUCCCCUGCUUCUUCUUCUCCUUUCUUCGUCGAAAUGUCAAGCACCGCCACCGCCACCGCCACCGCAGCCCCUCGCCGGUCCAUCUACCUUGGCGUAGACGUCGGCACCGGCAGCGCCCGCGCUGGCCUGUUUGAUGAGAGCGGGAAACUUCUGGGUUCUGCUAGUAGCCCUAUUCAAAUAUGGAAAGAAGGUGACUGUAUUGAGCAAUCUUCCACAGAUAUUUGGCAUGCCAUAUGUGCCGCUGUGAAAUCUGCGUGCUCCCUUGCAAAUGUUUCAGGGGAUGAAGUGACUGGGAUGGGAUUCGCCGCUACUUGUUCUCUUGUUGCUGUGGAUGCUGACGGAAAUCCCGUUACAGUUUCUUGGAGUGGUGAUUCAAGACGGAAUGUUAUAGUAUGGAUGGAUCAUAGAGCUGUUAAACAAGCUGAAAAGAUCAAUUCUUCUAACUCACCAGUAUUGCAAUAUUGUGGGGGAGCUCUUUUCCCUGAAAUGGAGCCGCCAAAGCUUUUGUGGGUGAAAGAAAAUUUGCCAGAAUCUUGGUCGAUGGUGUUUAGAUGGAUGGACUUGAGUGACUGGCUGUCAUACAGAGCAACCGGAGAUGAUACUCGAAGUCUGUGCACAACAGUUUGCAAAUGGACAUAUCUUGGCCAUGCACACAUGCAGGAGAUGAACAAGAAAGAUUCCCGCAAUAUGGAAACUUGCGGAUGGGAUGAUGAUUUUUGGGAAGAGAUUGGCUUAGGUGAUCUUGUUGAUGGGCAUCAUGCUAAAAUUGGUAUGCUUCUAGGAGAACUGGGUCUUGUGGCUGGAACUCCCGUGGGGACUUCACUGAUAGAUGCUCAUGCUGGUGGUGUGGGGAUAAUGGAAAGUGUCCCUGAGUUAGGUUCUGAAGCUAAAGAGAAUGAUAAAGAAGCUAUAUGUCAUCGCAUGGCAUUAAUCUGCGGUACUUCUACAUGUCAUAUGGCUGUGUCCCGGAGCAAGCUGUUUAUUCCUGGGGUCUGGGGACCAUUUUGGUCAGCGAUGAUACCUGAGUACUGGCUUACAGAAGGUGGACAGAGUGCUACUGGUGCAUCAUUGGAUUAUAUAAUUGAAAAUCAUGCUGCUUCUCCCCGUCUUGCAAAUCGUGCUGCUUCUUUAAAAAUAUCCGUGUUCGAACUACUCAAUAGUACAAUCAAGACGAUGAUAGACGAACUGAAGUCUCCAUUCCUUGCUGCUUUGACUGAACACAUACAUGUCCUUCCUGAUUUUCAUGGAAAUAGGUCUCCCAUUGCAGAUCCAAAAUCCAAAGGAAUUAUUUUUGGCCUGACACUAGACACGAGUGAGAAACAUUUGGCUCUUUUAUACCUGGCCACAGUACAGGGUAUUGCAUAUGGUACACGUCACAUUGUGGAGCAUUGCAAUGCUCAUGGUCAUAAAAUUGAUACUUUACUUGCAUGUGGAGGUCUCUCGAAGAACUCCCUUUACAUCCAAGAACAUGCAGAUAUCCUUGGUUACCCUAUUGUACUCCCACGAGAGAGCAAAUCUGUACUCUUGGGUGCCGCUAUUCUUGGUGCUGUUGCUUCAAAGAAAUAUCGAAGUCUUACUGAGGCCAUGAAGGCACUGAAUGCAGCUGGUCAGGUCAUUCAUCCAUCAAAAGACCCAAAGGUGAAGAAGUAUCAUGAUGCCAAAUAUCGUAUUUUCCGUGAGCUCUACGAGCAGCAGCUCUCUCAACGUUCAAUCAUGGCUCAAGCUUUGGAGUAG